GAAGCGACACUUCUUACAGCUCUUGCGUGUUGCUCCUUGCUCCUUGAAGGUGAUGUAUUUGAAUUCAGAGGAGAAGCAGACUGAAAUGACACAUACUCCCUCCUCAGAUAUGUGUGAAGUGGGGCUGAGUGAAGUUUCAGAGAUGAUGGAUCUGCUUCACAUAGACGUAGAGACUGAUGUGGUGGAAGACAGACCUGGAAGAGGGGAUGCACUGUGUUCAAAGAACGUGUUGAGGAAGCAGCGACACUGGGAGAGACAGCUGGCUGCGAAGAAGAGCAAAAGGAAAGAAGAGAAGCAGAGGAGGAAGCUCAACCGUGAGCACGAGUCAGGUGCAAGUGCGGACAAUCCUCAGCUUAGCAAACGGGUCCUGAAGGCGAUCACCAAAGAGCGUUUAGCCGAGGCUCAGUCCACGGGACUCAAACUCUGCGUUGACCUGAGUAUGACGGACUGCAUGUCUGACAAGGAGAUCAGCCGACUGGCCGGUCAGUUACGACGGCUGUACGGGUCAAACAAGAAGGCGACGCGACCGUUCCACCUGUUCCUGACGGACCUGGAGGAGGACAGCCGUCUGUACAGAGAGUGCAUACGAAUGAAUGAAGGCUUCCUCAAUUACACGAUGGACAUCACAGAGGAAAGCUGCCUGGACCUGUUUCCUCCAGAAACCGUCGUCUACCUCACGCCAGAUGCUGAAGAAGCCUUGGAAACAGUGGAUGCUGACAAAGUGUACGUCCUCGGGGGUCUCGUGGACGAAAGCAUCCAGAAGAAAUUGAGCUUCUCGCGGGCGAGAGAGCUCGGCGUUCGCACGGCGAGGUUGCCCAUAGACGAGUACAUGAUGAAGAAAAACAAUGCCAAGAAUUUCCACUCCAAGAUCCUGGCAGUGAAUCAAGUGUUUGACAUCUUGUUGACUUUGUGUGACACCGGCAGCUGGGCAGAAACCCUCCAGGCAUGGUUCCCUCUGGGGAAGGGUUACGUUGUUGCGCCAGACGACUCCCUACCGCCUUCAACGCAGACUUAGCACAGGAUUAACAAGGAUUCAUGUUCCGUCAUCUUCCUUUCAUUCGGAUUAUGCCAAAUGAUCUAACUUGAGGAAUUUAAUCAAAAGAGGAGAAUAACUGUGACUUUUUUUUUAUACUUUCUCAGGAAUCAUUUCAGACUUUUUCUUGAUAUUAAAAGAUAAUUGAAGUUUUGAUAGCACACAAAACAGUUAUGAAUUUUCAGUUAUCUUUAAUAAUGGGAACUCGUGCCUCAUAUUCACUUUAUAACACUUUAUAUCUAGUUUUUGCACAUAAACGUUUAAUAUA